GUAUGUUACAUUUUGCGACCCGUCAACAAGAGAAAGUGUUCGCUGAAUGUACGGGAGAUUUCUGAGGAAGUUUGACUUUUUGCCAUACUUACGUUAGCUAGCUAGCGAGUAGCGUCAACUUUGCUGCGUGGCUAGCCGACUGACUUGAUAUUACAAGCUACAGUCAUUAUCGUACGGUGAUACAUAAAUACUACAGUAGUUGUAUAGUAAUUACGCGGAUUAGCUAGCUAACAGUUGGUUAACGUUGCAACUUUAGCUAUAAACAAAACAUUUUUUGAAGAAAAAGCGAUAGCCAGGGUUUAAAUGAAAAUGCAGAGUUACAGUUUCUUUCGUCGGCAUGGAAGUUCAUCUCCAAACGCCCGACCAAUAUGUCAGAAGAUACAGUUUACGCCGAGCGAUGAAGAGGAUGACCCGAUUGAGGACGGCAACAACAGUACAGGAGCUGAAUCGGGCUUUACAGAACUGGACUCUCCAAUGCAUGAGCUACGGGACAGUGUCGAUAAACGACUCGAACACAGCAGCCCUCUGAAUCGGACUGGGGAACGCGGUGAUGUGGAACUGUGGGACGAAGAAGGAUUCGGUUCUCCGUCUCACCUUCAGUCCCCCAGUAGCGUUAUUUUCACGAAGGGGUCCCGGUCACCACGGAAAAGCUCUCGGGUGUAUGGCAGUUCACCGGAGCGGUUAUACAUUCAGGACGAUGGGGAAGGCUCGAGCUCACCUAUUCCGGACUGCCCCGAAACACCUCCACACAAAACCUUCAGAAAACUUCGCCUUUUUGAUACUCCACACACACCAAAGGUUUGAACUUUUGAUCCAGCAUACCUGCAAGCUAUAAUAUACCUAAAAUUGGCUAAUAUUGUUUUGACAACAUAGUUAGCUAAGUAAGUUACAUGGCACUAACAUUUAUGGAGUAGUAGUUAUGUAUGCCAUUUUCCGAUGUGUGUAGUACUUUACAACAUGCUGGCAGCAUGACCUAGUGACUGAUCGAAACUUUACAUUUAAAAUGUUUUUAAUGGUAGCUUUUGUUGAAUAAUAGUAACCGCCCAAUUACCUAUUUUUAGUAAUACUAUACAAUUAUAUAAAACGUCAGUCAGCCUGCCAAAUGAGUCAUUGAUUCGAAGGCAGGCUUUUUCAUGGCUGGACAUGCCUCACUUAUCCACACUGGAAUCCUUGUCAACAUCAGUAUUAUGCAUUGAUAGGCAGAUUUGUUUAAAUUUUCACUUCAACUUUACUCAAAUAGUUAUUUAUAUUUGUGAUGUUAUUUCAGGUCAUUGGGAGUAUUUCACUUUAUCAUAAUAGUUUGUGCUCUAAGUGUCUCAACAUGUCUUGAAUAUGUUCAUUCUGUCAUUCGCAGAGUUUGCUGAACAAAGCCAGAACUGCCAGCUCAGUGUCCUCAAGUAGGAGAGUUGCUCUCUUCAGGAAUGUGGAUUCCACAGGAAAAUCUGGUCCAGACAGCAGGAGAAGCCAGACCCCUUUGGUCAACAUCAACCCCUUCACCCCCGAAGCCCUACUCAUCCAGUCUACCACUCAACAGAGGAACAACAGGAAGAGGGCACACUGGAACGAGUAUGUCACUCAUUAAGCCUAUAUUUCUUUUAGUCUAAUACUAACUUAUUUGGCAAUCUAAAACAGUUUAACUUAGUCUAAUUUAAACAGACAAUAAUUGAUCACUUAUGUUUUUAUCUUAUCACUUGAUACCUGGAUGUGUCCAUAUGUCGGUACACACAGAUUGUAACCCAUUGUUAUUGCUAGCUGGAAUCGUUAAAUCCGUUGACUAAGCAUCAGUAAGGCAAACGUCUGGCAGGAAACCAAGACCAGUCAUGGUCACUAAUGAACUCUGCCGUGUGUGAAGACCUCAGUGCUGCCUUCUGGUGGGUGGAAUGUGUGCUAACAAACUGUCUCGUUUUAUUCAGCUCCUGUGGUGAGAACAUGGAGGCGAGUGAUGCUGAAACGGAAGAAAUCAUUCCUCCGCCAAAGGUAGUUAUUUUCGAACCAUUCUGAUUUCUUUAUAGCAUUACGAUAAACUAGGUUCACUCGCAGGCAUGUUAUUCAGCAAAGCUCUCAACAGGAUGUUCAUUUACACAUAUCCACUUAGAUGGAGUGUAAAGUGAGGCAAUAAUAACAUAGUCUAACUAAUAUGUUAUUUGGAUUAUUAUGAUUUUCUAUUAAACCUCUCCAUCCUCAGAGAAUCACCAUGAUGGAGAGCAACAUGAAGUCCAGGUACGCGUCUGAGUUCCACCAGCUGGAGAAGAUCGGCUGCGGGGAGUAUGGCGCAGUCUUCAAGUGUGUCAAAAGACUGGACGGCUGCAUCUACGCUAUCAAGCGCUCAAAGAAGCCCCUGGCAGGCUCUGUGGAUGAGUAAGUUGGAGUUUAUCUGUCUGUGAAACAGGAGCACGCUCUAAAUAUACUGAACGAAAAUGUAAAUGCAACAUGCAACAAUUCCGAAGAUUUUACAGAGUUACAAUUCUUAGAAGGAAAUCAGUCAAUUGAAAUAAAUUCAAUAGGCCCUUAUCAAUGGAUUUCACAUGACUGGGCAGGGGCGCAGCAAUGGGUGGGCCUGGGAGGGCAUAGGCCCACCUACUGGGGAGCCAGGCCCAGCCAAUCAGAAUGAGUUUUUCCCCACAAAGGGGCUUUAUUACAGACAGACAAUACUCCUCAGCAUACCCCCGCUCCUCAGAUGAUCCCGCAGGUGAAGAAGCUGGAUGUGGAGGUCCUUGGCUGGCGUGGUUACACGUGGUCUGCAGUUGUGAGGCCGGUUGGACGUACUACCAAAUUCUCUAAAACAUUGGAGGCGGCUUUUGUUAGAGAAAUGAACAUUCAAUUCUCUGGCAACAGCUCUGUUGGACAUUCCUGCAAGUUAGCAUGCCAAUUGCACGCCCCCUCAAAACUUGAGACAUAUGUGGCAUUGUGUUGUGACGAAACUACAAAUUUUAGUGGCAUUUGUCCCCAGCACAAGGUGCACCUGUGUAAUGAUCAUGCUGUUUAAUCAGCUUCUUGAUAUGCCACCCCUGUCAUGUGGGUGGAUUAGCUUGGCAAAGGAGAAAUGCUCACUAACAGGGAUGUAAACAAUUUUGUGCACAAAAUGAGAAGCUUUUUGUGCGUAUGGAACAUUUUUGGAAUCUUUUAUUUCAGCUCAUGAAACAUGGGAGCAACACGUGUUGCGUUUUUAUAUUUUUUGUUCAGUAUAUAUUGUGUAUGGAAUUCUUGCUGAAGCCAGUCUAAGAUAUGCUGAAGUUCUCACAUCCUCCCUUUGUUGCUGUCACCCAUGUAUUCCAACAAGACUUGGGAAUAGUAUGUCAUAUCCAGUCAAUAGUAGCUUGAAUAAUAAAUAGUAUUAGUUAUCCUAACCACAGUAAACAUCAAACUUGAAGAAAUGCCUAAUCUAAUCACAUCCGUGUUGUCCCCCCCCAGGCAGAAUGCCCUCCGGGAGGUGUACGCCCACGCCGUGCUGGGCCAGCACCCCCAUGUGGUGCGCUACUACUCGGCCUGGGCCGAGGAUGACCACAUGCUCAUCCAGAACGAGUACUGCAAUGGCGGCACCCUCUCGGACGUCACGGCCGAGAACUACCGGCGGCUAGGCUUCCUGUCGGAGCUGGAACUGAAGGACCUGCUACUGCAGGUCACUCGCGGCCUCAAGUACAUCCACUCGUCCUCACUGGUCCACAUGGACAUCAAGCCUAGUAAGUACCACUGUGGGGAUGGAAAGCAUUCAUUUUAAUAGUAGAUGGGAUUUGUCAUAAUGAAGUGGAAUUUUCUUUACAUUUCUGUUUAGUUAACAGUAGCGAGAAGAGAAACCGGCACACAGCUCUUGCUUGUAUCACUUCUUUUAUUCAAGCAUUUAACAGCAGGACAUCUUGUGAAUCACAUCCCUAAUUCAAUGCAAUUUGUUUGAUGUGUUUUUGUCUUUACUUAGUCAUUGAGGACAAAAAACGAGUUUGCAUAUUGUCUUUCAGGCAAUAUUUUUAUCUCACGCAAGACGGUUGGCAGUGUAGACGCGUGUGAUGAAGAGGAGGAUGAAAAGGAUGGACUGGCCACCAGUGUGGUGUACAAAAUAGGGGACCUUGGCCAUGUGACGAGGGUGAACAAUCCUCAAGUUGAAGAAGGCGAUAGCAGGUUCCUGGCAAAUGAAGUCCUUCAAGAGGUGAGUUGUUUUCUCUCCAGUAGAAACUUGCCACACCCCCUCCCCCUAGCUAAAGUAUUAUUAGAAAAUUCAAGGUCAUUCAAAUGAUUCUUUACAACGUUCCUAAUCACGUCAACCUUUUCUCUCAGGACUACAGUAACUUGACGAAGGCGGACAUCUUUGCCCUGGCCCUGACUGUGAUCAGUGCCUCGGGGGCGGAGCCUCUGCCCACCAAUGGGGACAAGUGGCAUGAGAUCCGUCAGGGAAAACUGCCACCCAUCCCACAAGUGCUAUCUCAGGAAUUCCUGAGUCUUCUCAAGGUAAGAACUUGAUGUUACUUCAAGCUUUUUCCUUUGAAUUGUGAUGUAGGUAAAUUUAAGAAGGUUAUGACUGUUUUCUAAAAGCAGUCCUUUUCCUCUUGACCCUUUGCUUAUACCACAGCAUUAUUGAAUACUUGUUUCUGAUUGGCUAGAAGGGCAUUCUAGAAUGGACAUUAAAACCAGAUAACGGGACAGUUGGAAAAUAUAAGUUUCUAUGCCACUGCUAUUCAGUGGUGUUCACUGUCCUGUUAUAGGACAAACUGAUAAAGCUCUGUGAUAUUGCAAGAUAUACUGUUCAUUUGAAUUGUGCUCUCAAACAUCAAUUGGAUUUACAGUUGCUAGUUUUCAGGUGGUAACCUCAGUUUUCUCCCCCUCCCCUGCAGCUGAUGAUUCACCCUGAUCCCACCAGGCGGCCGUCCACCUCCGACCUCAUCAAGCACCCGGUGCUGUUGACCGCAGCUAGAAUGAGUGCUGACCAGCUCCGUGUGGAACUCAACGCAGAGAAGUUCAAGAACGCCCUGCUUCAGAAGUAAGUACAGAAUGGCAAUGGCACCAAAAGUGAAACAACGAUCUGAUGUAGCACAACUUUCCCCUAAGUCUGUUUUUGUCAACACCAAAGGCAGUGGUUAGCUAGUUGUUGCUCUUGCUUUUACAUGGGUAUACCAGUUUCUCCCUGCUGGCACCUUGUACCACUAGUGAGCCAACCUACCCAUAGUGUGACAUAAAUUGAUUCAUUGACGGCUAAGUGACAUUUGAAGAUGUAGAAAAGGCGGGGCUUGUAGAUUAGAGAUUUGCGGUAUGGACUUUUGGUUUCACCAUCUGUUUGUCUCAUGGUGCAGUGUUUCAUUCAGGUUUGGUCUAACUGUUCAUUGGUUUCCCCAGGGAGCUGAAGUUGGCCCAGAUUGCCAAAGCUGCUGCUGAGGAGAAGGUUCUGUCCACGGACAGAGUCCUGACCCGCUCCACUGUCCAGCCCAACCCCAAAACCUCUAGACUCAUCGGCAAGAAGAUGAACCGCUCAAUGAGCCUGACAAUUUACUGAAACACAGACCCCCCCCCCCCCCCCCCCCCCCCCCCGAGUGGGGAACAUGGACUGGAAAACUGAUAUCUAGGGAAUUUGACUAGCUACGUAUUCUGUUGGGUACAAGUGGUGAAAAUGGACCCCAUUUCCACUGGUCAC